CCCAGGGUAGCAGUGGACAAUUCAGUUGGUCUGGUCUGUUUCAUUCCAGCAGAAUGCAGCUGCCACUACUGCCAUUUCUGCUACUUCUGGCGCCAGCCAUCAGGUGUAAUGGUCCCCCAAGGGCAGUACUGACCCUGGAACCCCCAUGGUUCAAUGUGCUCCAAGGGGACAAAGUGACUUUGAAUUGUAAAGUGUUCCAGACCCCUGGACACCAUUCCAUCGAAUGGCUCCACAAUGGGUCAGCUCUCCCCAUCCACCAGAACUCCUAUACCAUCCCAGCUGUCAACAUAGAGAACAGUGGGGAAUACCAGUGCUGGACAGAACACACUACUCUUAGCAACUCUGUGAAACUACAGGUGUCUAGUGAUUGGCUGCUACUCCAAGUGGAGAGAUUAGAAUUCAUGGAAGGUGACACUAUGAUCCUGAGGUGCCACAGUUGGAGGAGCAAACGACUGCACAAAGUCACAUACUACCACAAUGGCAAAGACUUAAAGUUUAACCAUCAGACUUUCAACUACACUGUCUCUCAAGUGAGCCAUACUCACAGUGGAUCCUACUAUUGUCAAGGGAACAUGGGGCAUUCUACUCAUCUAUCCCCAACUGUGGUUAUCACUGUCCGAGAUCCAAGACCAUCUACUUCCUCAUCUUCUAAAAUCUGGUACUACAUCCCUUUCUACCUUGUGAUGGGACUUCUGUUUGCAGUGGACACUGGUCUGUACUUCACACUUAAGAGAGAGAUCAAUGAUCCAAAGAAGAACACAAGGCAUCCUCUAACCUUAGGAACCUGAGGAUGAUGACUCUUCAACCUGUAGAAUGACUGAGGUCUUGGCAUGGCAGCGACCCAUUCAUCUCUGUCUGCAUAUUCGUAUCCUAGUCCUCAUCCUUCUUAGUCCAUUCCUGAGGGCAGCAGAGGGGGACUCCUGUCCAGCUUGGGAUGAGGACUCUUCCUUAUCCCUAGCCUCCAGUAUCUCUUUGUCUUCAGAGGAUAGAGGUGUCUGUGAGCUCUAGGCAACAUAAUCAGCCUCAAUUAAUGCCCUUGUCAUGGCUGAGUUCCUAGGAACUCAGGGCUGCACAGUUACUGACCCUCCCCUAGAUACAGAAGGGCUUUAUAGAUAUAUGAAAUGAUUUUAGCAUUUUCAUAAAUAAAUAAAUUUCUAGUACGGUAACAAUUGAA